ACCCAGAAUCCCACAGGCCUGGCUCUCAACUUCUCCUAGUUCCUUCGGGUUCCCCCCGCUUCCCCCGGGCAGGUGAGGUGAGUCGGGCAGAAGGGCUCUUCGGAAGCAUGCAGAAGGCUACCCUCCAGAUGGACGUUGUGAGUUAUGGCACCUUGAUCUUGGCGUUUGCACGAGCUGGUGAUGGCCAGGGCGCCGUGAGAACAUUGCGGAGAUGUGCCGAGGAGAGGAUCGCUCCCAAUGUGGUCUGUUAUGGCACCGCCAUACAAGCCUUGCGGAAGGAAGGCAAUGCAAUGGCAGCAGAAGCGCUUCUGCAAGAGAUGAGUGAUCGCAGGCUGCAAUUGAAGACAUAGGGUGCAUCUUCGUGGGACGCGGGCUGACCGGUGCGACCUAAUCCGGCUGGUUCAACGAGAGCUUGGAGAGUAUGAUAACUUGGUGCACGAUGGUCGACGUUGGUCAACUCAGUAAUAAACCAUAGAGCUCAUACAGACGUUUACCAUUUGGGUCUUGUUGUAGACCAUACCCAGUUUGCACAACAUGACAGUUCAACUCAUUACAUUUCCACCUUGAAGGCGCUGCAGCCUUUGCAACUGUGCUCCCCAAGUUGAUCAGGCAGCCAAAGCUGCAGCCACUGCAAGGGAAAAAAGCUCGGUUGCAGCGGUGUUAUGUGGUUAGGAAUCGUUAGGAAUCAGCGCAAGGAGAGCCCGCUAAAGCAAAGACUAUUUGGCAAGGACUUACAAUCAUUCUUGCUCAACAGUGUUCAAGCAUGUUCACGCUCCUUAGGUAUGAAUCAAACCAACUUUCAAAAACAAAAAAGUGCGGUUCGAGGUUGGAAUGCAAUGAUGUUUGGUGCAAACAAGCCAUUAGAAUGUGCCCAUUGUGCAUGGAUUCGGAUUAUUAGAGGGUACUUUGGCCACCUUCGACACUGAAUGGUUCACUUUGUUUUGCAGAACUGUGAUAUCUGUGAUCUUUGCAUCAAGGUGGACUUGCGACUCAACUGAGUGCAAUGGUAUCUGGUAGACUGUACACAAGAUGGUCCUGUGGGGUGACAUUACAAGGCAAAGUCCUUUGUUUUCAGCGGAAUUGUACCCCCAGUGCCCAAGUUCUCCACCAGAGUGGGACUGGAACCACAUGCAAAUUAAGCUUUUGGUGAGAUGUUGGCAUUCUGCUGAUGGGGAUUUUCACUGCAUGGUGCUGCUGGAUCACCAUGGGAAAA